AUGCAGCAAAUACACUCCAUGGCAGCAGGAACAGGAGGAGGAGGAGGAGGAGCCAGGUUUUUCUCCGGCACCGGCGCUGCCGACAGGAGGCUCCGACCCCACCACCAGAACCACCAGGCCCUCAAGUGCCCCCGCUGUGACUCCCUCAACACUAAGUUCUGCUAUUACAACAACUAUAACCUCUCCCAGCCCCGCCACUUCUGCAAAAACUGCCGCCGCUACUGGACCAAGGGCGGCGUCCUCCGCAACGUCCCCGUCGGCGGGGGCUGCCGCAAAUCCAAACGCUCCAACAAACCCGCCAAAACCUCUGACACCGUUCCCCCUCCUCCGCCCGACCCCGACCAUUCCAGCAGCGAGAGCUCCAGUCUCACCGCUACCGCUGCUGAGACCGUGUCGGCACCGAUAAACUCGGAUUCCACCAACGUGCAAGAGUCGAAGUUGUUGGUCCCCGUGGAGCCUGUUUUGGAAACGAAUCCUCUGGACCAAGGGGCAGGGGACUGCGGUGGUAUCUUCUCUGAGAUUGGACCUUUCACCAGUCUGAUCGCUACUUCCACUAACGAGCCAUUGGCUUUCGGUUUCGGCAACGCUCUGCCCGAUGCGUCGUCGUUUCAGUGGCAGCAUCCGAAGUUGACCGGCAACCACGAAUUGAAGCUCCCCGAAAGCUCCUUGCUCGAUCACACGGUUGAUUUGUCGGCUCUGCAUAGUAAAACCAACAACGGAACUUUCGGAUCUUUGGAUUGGCAGGGUGGUGCGGAUCAAGGUUUGUUUGAUCUCCCCAACACCGUUGAUCACGCUUACUGGAGUCACACUCACUGGUCUGACCACGACAAUUCUUCUCUCUUUCAUCUCCCCUGA